UUGAAAAGUGAAAAUGGAGCUCUUAUUUCUUGAUCUUGACACCAGGGCAUACAUAUAUAUAUAUAUACAUACCCCAAACAUCUUAAAGCCGUCAUCAAUUAAAUGCAUUUCUAUCGAUUCCCCUUCCCAAUACAAAAAUAGUAAAUUAUUAUCUCAUAUUCUUUUGCAUGGUCCACGAAAUCUAAAAUGUUUAACCCAAGUUAUUCGUCUUCCUCGCUUUCUCCAACAGACAAAACUUCUGGGAGCGGUGAAAAAGAUCAUGUAAAGUACAAAGGAGUGAGGUUGAGGAAAUGGGGAAAAUGGGUGUCGGAAAUAAGGCUUCCCAAUAGCCGGGAGCGCAUCUGGCUCGGAUCUUACGAUUCAGCCGAGAAGGCGGCUCGGGCUUUCGACGCGGCCCAGUUCUGCCUCCGCGGCCGAAAUGCCAAGUUCAAUUUCGAAGAUAGCCCUCGAAAAAUUGAAAUCCCAAGUGGCCGGAUCCUUAGUCCGGCGGAAAUUCAAGAAAUCGCAUCCCAGUUUGGCAAUAGUUUUAACAAUGAUGAGCAGCCACAAAGAAAUAAUGCUGAUGAAGAAAUCAAUAAUUGUGUUGCAAAUGAUUUGGGGUCUCAAGCAAUGGAAGUGGAGACAUUGCCAGUCUUAUCAAAUGCAGAUGAUUGGCCAUUUUCAUAUUAUGAUGACAAUAUUUAUGAACCAAAUUUUCUUCCAAAUCAUCAAGAUGCCACAUUUGGGAUGGCCACUUCAUCAGUCAAUGCAACCGGCGUGCCGGAUUAUAACCUGAUGCUGUCCAGCCUUGAUCAUAUGCAGGAAGAUAUGUACAUGACGCCACAAUUAGGGAACCGAUUUUACGACGGCAGCCAAGAUGAACUACAACAUGUUGAUGAACACCAAUAUUACUCGCAGCACUCUUCCCUCUGGAACUUCAAUAUAUAAUUUUUCAUGAGCUACUCUGCUCGUUGCCAAUUGGUUUUGAGGUAAAACUCUUUUAAAAAAAUAAAAAAUCAUACAGUCAACGAAAAAAAGAAAAAUAGUGUCACUCUAUAUUCCUCGUUACUUAUAGCAGUCCACGAUAUAUUUUGUGGGACGGAGGAAUACUAAUAAAAACGGAAACAGAAUCUAAAACCAGCAGCUAUGCUACUAUAUGAGUAAGAGUUUUUCUUCCAGUUAAUGGAAGUUCUCUAUAUGAAUAGUACUGGCCGGUGGUCCAGUUUUGUACCAUACAUAUAUAUACUCAAAACUGUAUUGUAGUGAUGUGGUAGUCUUUGUAGUUAUAUGAUUACCUUAUCUCUUGGAAUGCCUACUCAAUGGCCAAAAUCAUGGGUACGGAAUAUAAUUGAAAAGUUUUCA